CUGGAUCCGCAGUAUGCAGAGGGAAUCCCCUCACCUGGAAAGAUGUACGUAGGUUACCUGCUGGAUAAAGACCCCGCCAUGUACCCGCACCAGAACCCGGUGAGAGGCCACCCGGGACUCAGCCUCAGCCAGCAGAACUUCCCGGUACCGGGCCCGCCGCAGUACCCUGACUUCGGCUACCAUCAUCACCACCACGACCCGCACAGCGCGCAGCAGAGCGGGCCCGGAGCCGGCGGCUGGAGCCCCGCGUACCCGCCUCCGCCUCCUCCUCAUCCUCCUCCCGCCGCCCGGGAUGAGUGGUCGUCCCAUCAUUACGCAGCAGCUGCAGCCGUGGCCGCAGCGGGAGGAGGGGGGGGUAUCACCGGGUCCAGCGGGGGUGUGGGUGCCACCUUGGGGUUCAGCCCACCGGAUUUCCCCGGGCAGCCACCGGCUCUUCUAUCCGCGUCCCUGAACGCACCGGUGGGGCAGCUGUCCCCCGGAUCCCCGCAGAGGAGGAACCCGUAUGAGUGGAUCAGACGCACCUCUGCGCCCCCCACCAACCCAAACGGAAAGACGCGGACUAAAGACAAGUACCGGGUGGUCUACACUGACCACCAGCGUCUGGAGCUGGAGAAAGAGUUUCACUACAGCAAAUACAUCACCAUCAGGAGGAAGGCGGAGCUCGCUACGGCGCUCUGCCUAUCAGAGAGACAGGUGAAGAUCUGGUUCCAGAACCGCCGGGCCAAGGAGCGCAAGAUCAACAAGAAGAAGCUCCAGCAGCCGGCCUCGUCCACGACCACGGCCACGCCUCCCAACGGCACCAACGGCAGCGGCGGCGGAGGAGGAGCCGGCCUCCACGGAAGCGGCGGUGGCGGCAGCAGCAGCAUCGCCAUGGUAACGAGCAGCAGCAGCAGUAGCAACGGGCUGGUGUCUCCUUCCUCUCUGCCUUUAAACAUCAAAGAGGAAUACUGA